AAAAUGUCUAUUAAUUCUUCUUCCCUUAAUUCUCAUCCAUUUUUGACUUUACUUUUAUCUAAAUUUGGACAUAAUGAAUUACCUGAAGGGGCAGCAGAGAAAUGGGCUUUGAGUGAAAGGCUGGCUAAUUGGCUGGAUUGCCGCGAUAUUUUGAGUUAUUUACGGGAUGAAUUUUACAUUCCGAAGAUGGGGACUUUGCCUAAUGUUAAUCCGUCAAUUAUUAAUACUGGAUUAGAAAAAGAAUGUAUAUAUUUAUGUUCAAAUUCUGUAGGUUUACAACCAAAAUGUACAAAAAAAUAUAUUAAUAAUGUAUUAAAACAGGGAGUUGAUGGACAUUUUUAUGGUUCAGAACCUUGGAUUAACUGUGACGAUCGUCUUUUAGAAGGAAUUGUUAAAUUGGUAGGGGCUAAAUUAAAAGAGGAAGUUGGUCUAAUGAAUUCAACUACUGUGAAUAUACAUGUGCUUUUUACUUCUUUUUAUAAUCCAACCCCAACAAAAUACAAAAUAUUAUUAGAGGAUCAUGCUUUCCCGUCUGAUCACUAUGCAAUAGAAUCACAAUUAAGAAUUAAAGGAUUAGAUCCAUUAAAGGCAAUGAUUUGUUUGAAGCCGAGGGAGGGAGAGGAUUGUCUUAGAACAGAAGAUAUUCUUGAGAUAAUUGAAAAAGAAGGGAAUUCAAUAUCAAUUUUAUUUUUUAGUGCUGUUAAUUAUUAUACUGGACAAUUAUUAAAUAUUCAAUUAAUAACCGAAAAAGCUAAACAAAAAGAGUGUUUUGUUGGCUGGGAUCUUUCCCAUGCUGUAGCUAAUGUGCCUCUUUAUUUAAAUAAAUGGAAUGUUGAUUUUGCUUGUUGGAGUAAUUAUAAAUAUGCUUGUUCUGGUCCGGGGGGUGUUGCUGGAAUUUUUAUUCACGAACGUUACAAAACUGAAGGCAUGUCACGUCAAAGACUUCUUGGAUGGUGGGGGCAUCGUUUAGACACUCGAUUUCAAAUGAAUAAUAAAAUGGAACUUUCUGAAGGGGUUGCUGGCUAUCGAAUGUCUACACCCUCAGCUAUGUUAAUGGCUGGGGUUAAAGGAUUUCUUGAGGCAAAUAUUUUUAAUAAACUCGAACCUCCAUUUAACUAG